UUGCUGAAUUGUUGGUGAAAAAGAAGGAUUUUGUCCGGAUAUCAGCGAAAGAAUUAAUUCUGUCGAGAAGAAUUCGAGGAAAAUCUGCUUUUGGAGUUUCUGAGACUGCUUAAUUCAGCUAUUCGGUUUCGAAUCCUGAUUCGGAGCUUUUGUUUGGCUCGCGAGAAAAUCCUUAACUAGAAAGAGAAAGAGAGAGAAAAAGUAGAAUGCGCCCCCGAUCUUCUUCCGGAAGUUUCUUCUGAUGUACCAAACGGAUCUAAAGCCUCGUCUUUGAAUUCUCACAGAAUCCGGAAAGACUUUUUUUUUUCAUAAUUCUUUUGAAGAAUUUUCUUUUCCUCAAAGGGAAAAAAAUUACAAAAUUGGGAAAACGAUAGCGUCUAACUGUGGAUGGAGCUUUCUCAACCUCGCCCCUACGGAACAGAAGGAAGAAAACCAACGCAUGACUUUCUGUCACUGUAUAGUCAUUCAACUACACAACAAGAUCCAAGACCACCUUCUCAAGCAGGAGGGUAUCUAAAAACUCACGAUUUCCUACAACCACUUGAACGAGUAGGGAAGACCUGCGCUAAGGAAGAAACCUCGGUCGAGAUAUCGACUUCCGAAAAGCCGCCACCUCCGGCACCGCCUCCUGUGGAACACGUUCUCCCUGGCGGUAUUGGGACUUAUAGCAUAAGCCACAUUUCUAAUUACUUCAAUCAAAGAGUUCCAAAGCCAGAGGGGAUGGUAUUCACAGCCGCUCAAGCGAGUAGUACUGACCGAAAUGACGAAAACUCAAACUGCAGUUCUUAUACCGGAAGUGGAUUCACUUUAUGGGAAGAAUCUGCUGUCAAAAAGGGAAAGACAGGGAAGGAGAAUAUGGCAGAAAAGGCCAGCGUUUUAGAGCCUGCGGCGAGAGUGGGACAAUGGGCUUCGUCGGAACGUCCGUCGCAAUCAUCUUCAAACAACCAUCGUGGCAGCUUCAGUUCUCUCUCUUCAUCUCAGCCAUCAGGGCAUAGGAGCCGGAGCUUCAUGGAGAUGAUAAAGUCCGCCAAGUGCAGCUCCCAGGACGAAGAACUUGAAGAUGAAGAGCCUUUCGUUCUUAAGAAAGAGACCUCUACAGUUACUACUACCCACAAAGAACUGAGGGUAAAAGUUGACGGAAAGAGCUCCGAUCAGAAGGCCAACACGCCACGGUCGAAACAUUCCGCAACAGAGCAACGUCGAAGAAGCAAAAUAAAUGAUAGGUUUCAGAUGUUGAGAGAACUCAUUCCUCACACUGACCAAAAGAGAGAUAAGGCCUCAUUCUUGUUAGAGGUUAUCGAAUACAUUCAGUUUCUACAGGAAAAAGUACAAAAAUAUGAGGGUUCGUAUCAAGGAUGGAACAACGAACCCGCGAAAUUGUUGCCUUGGAGAAACAAUCACAGGAUUGGGGAAAGUUUUGAUCACUCUCAAGGCAUGAAUGGCGGGCCUGGUCCUGCAUUAGUUUUUACAGGAAAGUUUGAGGAGAAACAUAUCUCUGUAUCUCCAACAGUUCCUGGGAGUGCACAAAACCCAGUAGAAUCCGACACUAGUACCGCCACGAUAACAAAUAAGGGAUUAUCCUUUCCCAUGUCACUGCAGCCGAAUUUCUUCUCACCUCUCAGGAAUGGCGGUGAGGUACCUCAGGCUCCAUCCAGUCAUCCGUCGGCUGUAGAAAACACGUCACCUCAGCCUCAAUCCCAAUUAUGCCAGACAAGAUCAUGCACUACUGUUGAUGGUGCUGUUGCUACUGAUAAGCUAAAGGAAGAAGAGCUGACCAUUGAAGGCGGCACCAUUAGCAUCUCCAGUGCAUAUUCUCAGGGGUUGUUAAAUUCGUUGACACAAGCCUUGCAGAGUUCUGGUGUGGAUUUGUCACAAGCCAGCAUCUCAGUGCAAAUUGAGCUCGGAAAGCGAGCAAAUAGUAGAACAGCUGCAACAACAUCCAUCACAAAGGAUAAUGAGUUUCCAUCAAGCAAUCAAGAAAUAAAGCAAUCUAGACUUGCAACUGGUGAUGAUUCUGACCUAGCCCAGAAGAAGCUCAAGACAGGCAAAAACUAAGAUGACAUAUUUCUACUGUAAUUCUUUCCUUAUAAACUAUAUUCAAUUCAUUUUUUUUUUUUCCCGCGACCCCAUCUCUUCUCGAGGGGGUUUUAUUCAUAUGUCUACUGGUUCAUAAACUACCAGUUAAGACCCAGAUUUGUUGUACAUGCAUUAUCUUUCUGUUAUUCUGUUGGGGUAUAUAGCUUUCCCAACAAAAUAUGUCUCAUUUUGUUCUCUUUUCUUUAUAGUUGUUUCCAUACAAAUGAUGAGAAGCUGCUUUUUCAGUUAAGCUUCCAUUCAUGUAAA